GCACAAUGUAAAAAUGCAAACGGUCACAUGAUCAAACAAAAAACAUGGCGGCCGAUGAAGUUUCCAAACUUCAAAACCACUUAAGUCUACUGAGAGAGGAAUAUGUAAAACUUCAAAACAGAUUAGCAGACGUGGAGAGGCGUUAUCAAGUAGCGAUUGCAGCUGCUGGUGGUAAUGGUGAAUCACAAGAUGGAUUUGUCUGCCGUUUGCUGAAAUUCAUUGCAGAUUUGUUUGACAAAGAGCAAUAUAGUGACUUGACCAUUCAUUUGGAAGGCGGCCGUAAUGUCAGGUCUCACAAGUUUAUACUUUCAGCGAGAAGCAGUGACUGGGGUGUGGCAGACCUACAGGUCGUCUCAGAGCUGGAUAUGAAAGAUAUACAUCAGGAUGUGGCGUAUGCCUUGAUCAGGUGGAUUUACACAGAUGAGAUUAACAUACAGGCUCAGGACUCAUUCUUGCUUCAGCUUCUCAGAGCUGCUACCAAGUACAAACUAGAGGAGCUCAGAAAUAGGUGUGAAAAUGGGCUAAUAACUUUUGUAAAUAUGAAAAACUGCAUCAAAUUUUAUCAAACAGCUGAAGAGAUGCAAGCGGAGGUACUCAAGAAACAUUGCUCAGAACUGAUUUCAAACCAUUGGAACCAGUUCACAAGUGAGGACUUUGCCAGCAUGCCUGCACCACUGCUGUAUAAAAUGUUUAAGGCCAAGACUGAGUACCCCCUUCAUACAGCCAUCAGGGCAGUCAGAGAGGAUGUUGUAUUUUUGUAUCUCAUUGAGUUUGACUCUCAGCUUUCAGUCAAGGUGAAUGAAGUAGACAAUAAGGGUGACCUUGCCCUUGACCUGGCUCUCAAGACUCAUCAGAAAAGCAUUGCUCAAACUCUGGUUGCCAACAAAGCAGAUGUGAACAGGAAGGACAACUCUGGGAAAUGUCUGCUGUACAAGUCUAUUCAGAGAGGUGAUGAAGAGGCUGCCACCUUUUUGAUUCUGAAUGGCUGUGACACGAACAUGGCAACACAUUUAGAUAAAGAGACUCCAUUACACAUGGUGGCUAAUUUUGACCCCAAGGUUACUGACCCAGAAGUCAUUAAAGGAAUGGCCAACAUUGCCAAACUUCUGUUGGAACACAAAGCAGACGUGAAUGCACAGGACUCUACAGGCAGCACUCCCCUGCACAACGCUAUCAUCAGUAGAAAUGAGCCAGUGUUUCAAGUUUUGUUAUCCUGUCACAAGAUCAACACAGAGAUAAAAAAUUCUGAUGGUCACACUGUCCUGUGGCUGGCCUUACACAAACAGGCUGAAACUGCUGCUGAUGUUAAAUCUAUGCUGUAUGGUGAGGACAGCUUGGCUGCCAAGUUGAUCAGAGCUGGAGCAUCUCCUGAUGCCGUGGAGCCAGAGUCUGGCAACACUCUUCUCCAUCUGGCUGCACAGCAUGGCUACGAAGCUGCUGGGAUAUUUUUAACUGACCACAGAGCAAAUGUCAACCAGCCCAAUUUUAAGGGUGAAACUCCAUUACAUAUUGCGUGUGAGGAAGGAUUGACAGAGCUGGCCAGAAAACUUUUAGAGCACGGUUCAAAUCCCAAUGCUCAGACACUUAGAACGCCCACCACCUCAGUCCUUGAUUAUGAGGCCAACUCACAGGAAGUGUCCCAGCAGACACCUCUUCAUUUGGCCUUGACAAAGGGACAUCACUCUGUAGUUCAGGUCUUCCUAGACUACAAAAAAGAGCUAUCCAAGUCAGGAAACACCAGUACCAAAGUGUUACCCAACUUCAAUGUGAAGGAUUCAGUGGGUCAGACUGUCUUGGGUCUGGCUCUGUGGAACAGCAUGCACGACAUGGCUGACAAGCUUCUGGCCUGCGGUGCCAACAUCAACGAAAAGAAUGCAGCCGGGAUGACCCUGCUUCACCAAGCCAUAGAGAAACAGGACACCGAGAGCGCCUUGUUCCUGAUGGAUCACCUGGCAGACUUAGAAGCAAUAUCACCCGAUGAACAGAGUGUUAUCCAGCAUGCCAUCAGCAGGCACUUACCUGUGGUGGUGGAGGCCUUGUGUAAACGUGGAGUGAAUAAGGACACUAUUGAUGCCCAGGGGAAUUGUCCCCUCUGGCAGGCUUUGGAUUCUGGUCAAGAGGAGAUAGCCCACACACUGGUCAAGUUUGGCUGUGAUGUCAACCUGUGGUCACAGAGUCCAGGUGGCUACUUCCACACACUGCUACACAGGGCUUUGGACCAGAAUAAUGAAGCCAUUGCCUGUUUUCUUAUUAGAAGUGGCUGUGAUAAAAAUAGUCCCAGAAGACCAGGACCCAACGGAGAAGGUGCAGAGGAGGGGAGUGAUGGCCAGAGUCCACUACACAUGGCUUGUGCCUGGGGAUUAGAAAUGGUUGUCCAGUGCUUGAUGGAACACAACGCUGAUGUGAAUGCUCAGGAUGCUGAAGGCAAAACGCCUGUACACAUCGCCAUUGACAACCAAUUUCCUGUGGUCAUCUCUCUCUUACUCUCUCAUCCCGGGCUGGACCUGACCACCAGGGACAAGAAGAACAACACACCGUUUGCUGCAGCCAUGAUAAAGAAGGACAAUAAGGCAGCCCAGGCAAUACUUAGUCGGGAGCCUACAGCAGCAGAGCAGGUUGAUUCCAAAGGUAAAAACUUCCUUCACACUGCGAUACAGAAGGCAGACAUAGAGAGUGUCCUUUUCCUGCUCAGUGUUCAUGCUAAUGUGAACUCCAGGACGCAGGACAGCCAGAAUUUGACUCCGCUCCACCUUGCUGUCCUAACUGGUUCAGAAAUCAUUGUUAGAAAUCUGUUACUGGCUGGAGCUUCUGUGGAUGAGCGCACCAAGAACUGUGAGACAGCCCUGCACCUUGCAGCCACCAAAGACUGUCACACAAUUGUGUCCAUACUGCUGGACAACCGAGCGGACUUUGACGCUGUUGAUGAAAACCUGAACAAUGCACUCCACAGAGCAGUCAUCCAAGGCAACAUCAACACAGUGAAAGUCUUGCUGAUGGAGUCCACUAUAAACGCUGAAGCUGUCAAUGCCAGAGGCCAGAAUGCAUUGCACUUACUAGGUCAGUAUGGAAAGGACAAUGCAGCAGCCAUAUUUGAACUGUUUAAAGAAACUAUGCCUGAGUAUCCAAUAGAUAAGCCUGAUCAUGAGGGCAAUACAGCCAUUUUGUUAGCCUAUCUAAAUGGCAAUGGAAGUCUUUGUCGAGCCUUGGUGCGUGCUGGAGCCUGCUUAGGAAAAGUGAACAAACAAGGAUUAAGUAUAUUCAAUGCUCCUGUUGCUACCAAGCAGCUGCUGAUCAAAUUAUUAGACAUGUUGUCCAAAGAGCCCCCCUGGAGUGAUGGGGAGACCUGCCUUGAAUGUAUGGCCAAGUUUAACAUUAAGACAAGGAAACAUCAUUGCCGCCACUGCGGACGUUUGCUGUGUGCCAAAUGCUCAAGUAAAGAUAUGCCCAUCAUCAAGUUCAACCUGAGUAAACCUGUUCGUGUGUGUGAUGUUUGCUUCGACGUUUUAUCUAUCGGAGGCCAGGCCUAGGUCUCCCACCUUUCAUUCAGUGUACAUAGUCAAUGACUUAGUCUUGCAUGUGGACAUCACCCACUAGGAUAUUAAAAGCAAUUUUAUAAUUGAGACGAACAAUACAUUUUUUGUCUUUGUCGGAUAUAAAUUGUUCCUCUAAGAUGUUUAGUUUGUAUUGAUUGUACCUCCGGUGGGUGCUUACUUGGAUAUGUUUGGGUCCACCUGAUAGGUUUAUACUGAAAUAAAAGUACACUUCCUUUUUUUCUUUCAUGAUACAUGUAGCAGUGGUAAUGCCUUCUCUGGCUGCCUGUGUGGUUUGUACAUAAAAUCAAUUUUCUAUGUGCACAGAACCUGUCUAUCAACGUGAAACAAAAAAUGAUGAAUGCUUUUUUGAAAGUGAGAGAGUUUCACAAAUACUUACGUUAAACCAAUCUAUCACACUUUUUCUUUCAGUCUAUUCUAAUAGGCAGGUUAGGGAUUGGCUGUGACAGUCACCAACCUAUCGAACAAUAAAUAAACACAUUUUUAGUCAUUAUAUUAUGUAUUAUGAUAUUUUUUCAACAGGCUGGAUGUUAAAAUAAUUAAGCACCUUUUCAAUAAUUAUUGACAGUAAUAUUGACAUUACAGCAUUGUUUCAAAUUCUUGUUUGCCAGUUUUUGAAUUUUUAAACUGAAUGUCACAAAACAAAAGAUUGUUAAAUUAAAUUUCAGAUUGUCAUCAUUGUUAAAAGAUUGUUAAAAUUAAUUUCCAAAUUAUUAUUUUUAUUAUUUUUUUUUACAGUAUUUAAAAAAUUAUUAUAUUAUCAUUCUGACAAGUUCAGCUUUGCAUUAAGCAAAUAACUAACAUUUGUUUUCUUUGGUUCCAAAAUUAUUUUUUUUCUUUGAAUAUUUAUAAACCAAAGACAGUAUAUCUCUUGCUAUAUUCUGCAUGAUAAAACUGUUUUGCAGAUUGGUAUAAAUUCAUCAAAGUUAAUAAAGAUUAUUAUUAUUUAUAUUAUUGUUAAUGUUGUUCUGAAAUGAAUAAUGAGGACUUACUUAUGUUUCUCAUGUAGAUGAUCAAACCGAGUCACUAUGUUUGAAACACCAUUUUUUGAUGUCUCUGGAAAUAGAGACCACUGGUAGUCUAUAUGUAUAAAUUCAUCAAAGUUAAUAAAGAUUAUUAUUAUUAAUAUAAUUGUUAAUGUUGUUCUGAAAUGAAUAAUGAGGACUUACUUAUGUUUCACAUGUAGACGAUCAAACCGAGUCACUGUUCGAAACACCAUUUUUUGAUGUCCCUUGAAAUAGAGACCACUGGUAGUCUAUAUGUUAGACUGAUGAAAGAAUUCAAUAAUGAGAUACCAUUUUUAUGGAAUUUGCAAUACUAUGAUGUUUAGUUUUUAUCAUAAUGACUGAUUUGAUAUAAUGUACAAAUAGAAUCUGUAAGAUGUUAAUGAUGUGAAUUUUUUUUUUUUUACUAUUUAAACUACUAGACAACUACUAUUGUGUAUAUUUCAAAGACUUGUGCAAUUAUUUCUUUGUUUUACAGAAAGGAACAAAUGGACAUUUUUUUUUUACAACUUUUUGGUGCUUUCUGCCAGUUUUGUUUUUAUUAAGCCAUUUUGUUCUUCCUAUCAAUAAGACACAUGUCUUUUUAAUGUCUUUAGAAAUGUUUGUUGUUAGCUCAGAGUUUAAGAAGGUCAAUAUCUCGCUGUCAUUUUAUUUCCUUAAAACUUUAACAUUUUAGGUAACUUUUUUUUUAAAUUCUAAAAUUAGCUUGAUUAAAUUUUUUUGUCUCUUGUUUUGUCUUGGAGUUGUUGGGGUGGGGGGGGGGGUUGGUUGGUGAAACGGUGGCGCUGCACAAAAUAUUUUAAUUCCUAGUUGUAACUUGACUCCAUGUGACUCUUUUCUGUGUUGUCUUGGUCAGUUCUACGUGCAGAGCAAAAAUAGCACAACAUUGUUGUGGAUGGCAGCCUGGUCGUGCGAUAUGUGCACUGGACUGUCGUUCUGUUGUCUCAAUGGUCCUGGGUUCAUACCCUGCCUGCUGCCAUCCACCGUCAUCCUGCAGGAGGUUUGGACUACGAAGUAAAAUUCUAGAUGUUAUUCAACUUUGAAGGAAGAUCAGAAACAUGUCAAACAUUUUACAAAACAUUUUUGUGGCAAAAAAUCUUUUCUAGAGAAGUGACCAAACAUUAUAAAACUUGGCACAAGGCAGCAGCAGGAGUUGGUGAAUUCAAAGAGGCACAAUUCACCAAUUGAACAUUCACAUAAUGUGUUGUCUGCAGUGAGCAUGCCAUCUUAAAAACUAAUUAGGCCUAAUAAUAAAGAAUGAGAACUGAGAAUUAGGGAACCACUUUAUGUUCUAGGCCAGAGUCAGAUCAAAUGUUAUUUUUUUUAGCUCCAAGGCCUACAUUUAAGAUGGGCUUCAUUGCUUUGGUCAAAGUAAGCUCAUAGACUAGACACUUUGCAUUAUUUGUUGUUCUAAUCUGAACAUUGUCUAGCUUUUCAUUGUUGUAUGAAUGUAUUAUUUAGUUGCAAUCACAUGUUGACCUUAGUAACCCAACUCCAUUUUUCAUUUAUACUGCCAAUGAUUUUUUCUUUGUAAUGUAUUGUUUAACAAGUCAAUGACGUAGCACUUCUAAAUUAUGACAUGGAAUGCCCAGAUGAAAAGUAGAUGAGACAAACAGUAACCUUGUGGGCCAGUGUGGGUCCAGUGUGGGCCUUUUGGGCGAGGUUGACUUCAGUGGAUGAUAUGUUUGCCAUCUCGAGCGAGGACUUUAUUUUGUUGAGAUUUUCAUGUUUUCUCCUACAGUUCGUCCAAAACGUUGAAGCUUCUCGGAUGGUAUAAACUGUCUCAUUCUGGUGUGCACUAUGUCGCAUCUUCUUGCCUUCACUUUUGUUUCUUCAGAUUGCAUUUUUAAAAUUCUGUUGUUUUUUUUUUUAUACAAAGUAUUAGCUCACAAGCAUCUCUGUCGUCUUAAAGGAAACUACAUCAUAUCCUUUCAAAUUUGGCUUUCAUCCUUUCAAAUUUGUCUUCUGUUUCUUUUCAAAAUUGGCAUGUCUUUUCCAAUUUGGCUUGUGUACUUUAAAAUUUUUGUUGUGUAUUGUUUUAAAUCUGGCUUUUAUUUUGAAAUGUUCCCACUAUUGUGUCUGCUGCUGCGGCUUAUUAUUGAAAGGUUAGAAAUGAUGGGAUUUAAAUUCACGGGCGGCUCCAAUACCUAGAAAACGGUUGUCCCAUUGACCUCCCUUAUUUUUCUUUGGUUCAAUAGCUCGUCUCUGUUCUUCUUUGGUUUAAUAGCUCAUCUCUGCCCGCCUGUUAUUCGAUAAAUUAGAUUGUUUCUGCAUGUUUUUUUUUUUUUUUUUUGCUAAAUACUCUCGGUCAACGCAUUCCAAUGAUAAUGAAAUCAUCUUGUUACCGGUACCUUUUUAAGUUAUUCGUGUGUUAUUGUGUACGGUGUUUCCUUGACUUGAUUUUAACAACUCGUUUAAUUGGAUGAUGUAAGAUUCUCUGUACGCCAUUUUAAUACUAGUGACUACACAUGAAUCAACUGAAAUGGAUCGGAUAUAAAGUAGACUAAUUGUAAUGAUAAUACAUUGACUCUAGACUGACUUUGACAGAUACUAGUAAAUGUACUUUGUACAGGAUUAUGAUCAAAUGAAACAACCAGCAGGAGAUAUACUCAACAAUAACAACAAUAAAGAUGUUUGAAAACAC